AUGACACAAAUUCGACGCCACGGGCGUGCUGAGCCUGUUGUCCACUCCGUCAAGCUCCGCAUCGAAAUCUGCGAAAUCACCACCCAGCGCUACGAAGAUCGUCUCGUGAUGCUUGAUGAGGAUGAAGCCUACAUCAACUCGCUGAUGAGCCAACUGGAUGAAUACGAUGUGUCCAGUGACCAGUAUUACCAAUUUAUGAGCCAGCUCAUCAUCGUCUGGGCGGAGAUGGAGGAUCUGAAGGCGAAGAUUAAGGUCUCGAAGGAGGAGUUGGCGAAGUUGAUGUUGACGGAGUUGUUGGGUGAUGUCUAG